AUGGGAAUAUGCUAAAAGAAAAGUUAAAAAGAUAAUUCCUAAAAGCAAACUGGAUAUGAGUCAGAAUAGAUUAUAGUUUUGACAAGCAUUCAGAGCCACAUUUAAUAUUUUGAUUAAAUAGAUUUAGAACUUCUUAAAUAUCCAGAUAUUUCCUUACUACUAAGAAAACAUAUCAAAAACUAUACAUUCAUUGAGGAGGGAAAGACAUGGGUUGUGGUUAAGGAAAUUCAAAGUUUUUUGAAUAAUAAAAUGCCCAUAUUGAUUAGAAAUUUUAAUCCUGAAACAGAUGCUGCCUUAUAAUUAAUAUAGGUUUUUGAGUCGAUGGUGUUUCAGACCCAAAAAGUAUUUGAGUGUUCGGUAACUUUUAAUGAGGCUAAGGUUGAGUUAUUUUAAUUAUUCCAAAAUUAGUUAGUUUAAACUUCGAUAGAAUGCCUAAUUGUUGUAAAUACUUUAAUAUCUAAGAGAUUGUAAUGGUGGAAUGAAGAGUAUUUUAAAUGGAGAUAGAAUCACUUAAUUUCAAUGUUUAUCAUUAAAAAUAUAAAUAAAAGUAAUAAGGAGAUUAUAGGGCCAAUCUACGACUUCAUUUAAUUGUUGAUAGAAUGCAUCAGACAUUUUGGAGACAUUGAAGUCUCUAAAGGAGUCUAAGAAACAGAUUUAAAAGCGGAAUAAAAGUUCUUGGAUUAAUUUUACAAUUAAAUGAGGAUAGGGUUGAUUCAGAAUUCGUUUUUUUCGGAGAGCAUAUCGAAUGAAGUAGUUCCAGAACAAAUUUAGAUUGAUUAGAAUGUUAGAGCAUAUGCCAUAUUAAUUAAUAAAAAAUGA